AUGAGAACUGCUAUUUCAAAUUAAGGAUAAUCCUCUCUUCCAGAUAGUAAUGAAAUCAAUGAAUAUAUUAAGGAGUACUUAAGAUACUCUAAUUAUACCAAUACCCUGGAAUGCAUUGAAGCAGAAAUUAAAAGCAAAUAAGUCUCCAAUAAAGUACAUAAUUAAUAUUGAAUUCUAGAUGUUAAAUAAAUAAUAAGUAAUUAAAUAAACAGGAGAGGAUUUACCUCGUAUAUUUUAAUUGUUAAAAAGUGAUAAUAUAAAAACAAAAAGGGAAAUCAAUUUGGAAAAGGAAUAAAAGCAAUUUAAUAAAAAAUACUAAUAAAUUUUAUAAGCAGGCAGAUAAAUAUUUUCAGUUAGUAUUAAUCUAUUACAAUUAUUGCAUUCAUUAAAGGAAACAGCUAAAAAUGAGAAUCUUAGUGAAACUUUAGAGAAUUAUAAAAUUUAGUUAGGAAAAUAUCAUAAAGUAAUAAUCAAUGAAGGUAAACCAGAAGGAACAGAAUUAAUUACUGAAUAGAUCAUGCAUGAGCAUAAAACUAAGCUAUUUAAAAAUUAUUAGGAUAAGAAUGUAGAUGGAAUGAUAGAAGUAUUACUUUCAUUAAGAGUAAAUGCUCUAUAAAUUGCACCUGAAUUAAGAAAAAAUCUUGUUUAUGAAUUAAUAAGAAAUGAUGUAUUUAAUAUUGAAGCCACAGAUAAAUUUGACUUUGUAGUUCAUUUAUUAGAUAUAAAUAAUUAAAGUCUUAGACAUGCAAUCACAAGCUUAAUUAGUGUAAUUAGUAGUACAUUAAGAGGUGUUGAAUAUUUAACCUAUAAUGGAAAUAUGAUAAUAAUAGAAAAAGUAAUAAAAAUUUUAAAGGAAUAAGAAAGCGGUUCUGUAACAUAAAGAUUUUGUUUGGCAAUUUUGUAGAAGGCUAGUANGAAAUGUUUCCUUUGGAACACCAAAUACAAAUUUUGGAUGAGUUGGUUUCUUUUCACCUUUACUAGAAAAACAUGUUCGAGCACUCAAGAGCAAUUAUCUUGUAGCUUGACGAUGAAAUGA